CCAUUAGCUUGCCUCAGCCACUCUUCCAUGAAACUGUAGUUCUUUCUAGAUUGCAGGUUCCAAAUGAGACACCAGGGAAUACUGCGAUUGACCUGGCUGAACAGGGUGCUCUGUUCUACGACUGGCCCGUUCCUUUGGCGUGUGUGCUUAGCCUUAGCCAGAGUUGUCAUAUCAAAACAGGAUACUUUUCUUUUUUCUCCUCUGGCGAUUUGGAUUUUGUGUUCCUAGUUUAACGCGUAACGAUUUGUUCAACCUCCUUCCACAGUCAGCCUCUUGUCUCUUCUUUACAAAAAGCAAUAAACUACCAGUCAAGGUUAGCUUCUUGUACAAAUGGCCGCCUUCAUUCUCCUUACAAGAGUAGAUUUCAAGGAGGCAACCACAUGUUCUCACCACUGCCCCCCCUAAGCAACAGACUCGCUGGAUAUCACCAAAGAGUAGGUUAAGAAGCAGCUCGAGCCGCCCUUCCUUCGAGUCCCAUGGCCGCGCCCGCUUCUUCGGUUACCUCCAGAGGCUUGGCACUCUGUAGUGCCUCCGUGGGUUUUCAUCGCCCCCGCGGGAAUAAUCCGGUGAUCAGCCCCGCGUCUUCUCGUCGCCGACGAAGCCUUACUGGUGGAUCAACGAUGAACUCCUCGGGCAUGAACGGUGCCUUCCCUCCUAUCAAAGGAAGUACACGAAUCCCCGCAGUUGGUCCUGGCCCUGCCAACAGUCCGUCAGGAGGAAACCUGCCGAUACCCAACAUGCCUCCAUGGGCCAAGUGGCUGGUCGGCGCCGCCAUAGUCGUCGCGAUACCAAUCUACAGGAGGUUCAGAACACUAGAAGAUAAGAUAGAGAAGACGGCGGAGGUGGCGAUCGAGGUGGUGGACACGGUGGCGGAGGCGGCGGAGAAGGUGGCCGGCGAGGUCGCCGGCGCGUUCCCCGGCAACGAGAGCCUCAGGGAGGCGGCGUCGAGGAUCAAGGCGGUCACGGAUGAGAUCGAGGAGGACGCCGAGAGAGCCGAGGCCCUGAUCGAGAAGGUUGACGAGAUAAAGGAACAAGUUGAUUCAAUCGUCGAUCCCUUAAUCGACAAGGUUGUCAAGGAUAAAGAAACCUAGAGAGAAGGAACCAAGGAGGAGGCAAUGACAUGAUGUAGAUUAUUGAAGGUAUAAAGAUUGGUUAAGCGGUGCCGCGGUGGUAACCGGAAGAAAAUACCUACCGCAUGUAAACAAAUCACUAAAUAUAAAUCUAAGAAGUUUUCGAG